AUGCUAUAUCUCGCUCCCUGCUAUUGCUCUGCAUAACGAACAGAGCGACAGAACAACUCAGAGAAAUGGCUUAUGAAGUCAGAUCUCAAACUGACAAAUCUGCAUUAUAUUUUUGGCAUAUCAACUUGAGUUACUCAGUCACUCUGCGUCAUAUGUAGAGCUAUAACAGGAAGCAAAUUAUAUCUUUUCGCUUGAUCCGAGCAUUUAAUACGAAGCUUAUUCAACCUCAACUUAGAGCUUCCAAUUUCACAGAAAAUAUAAGCGAAUUCCAAGAUGCUAAAGUUACCUCUGGAAAGGCCUGGAGCGCUUUUCUUUUACGCCGAAAAUCUCAUGAAGAUCUCGUCAAGUUAUGGUUUGUCUUAUAUAAAGAACAAAAUCUUAUUCGCGCAGACAAUCAACUCAAGGUGCAACUUGGGUCGCAGAAAGGGGCUCAAUGGAGAAUGAAAAAGGUGAAGCAAUCAAUGGCCAGACUCUUGACAGUCAUAAGAGAAAGGGAAAUUAUAAGAGAAAAUUAUUGGAAACAAUUAGAAGCUGAAUAUUUAGAUAAAACAAUUCCGAAAGAAGAGCCAAAACCUAAAUCCCUCGUCCUUGAGCGAACAAAAUCAUUGAAUUUGUAGGUAAAAAUUCCUUCGUUAGAGAACAGAAAAUUUAUUAAUAUAGAGAUGUUUUAUGAAAAAAUAUUUUGAUUUAUAUCGUUAUUAUAAUGAAAUCUAAGCGAAUUCUGUUUAAAUUAUAUAAAUAAAAUUAAUUUUUGCGAUUGGGAUUUUUUUAAUUUUUAAAAAAAAAAAUUGCUAUAAAAUUUCAUUGAAAAAAAUAUUAACCCCCUUAGUGAGCGUACAAAUCUUUUUGUUCGCUCAUAGAGGGGAGAGUAAAAUUAAGAGAGAGCUGACUGAGGAAGAGAAAGCGAGAAAUGAAAAGAGAAAAAUCGCGGAGAGAAAUGCAAAAAUUAAUAGGAAUUGGAAGAAAAUGUCGACACAUCAAAGGAGAGGAGCAAUACAAGCAGAAUAUAGAAAGCUGGCAGUCGUAGCAAAAGAAGAGUUCUUGAAGGAGCUUAAGUAUUUAGGCCUCAAACUCAGAGAGAAAGGAAUCAAGCCGAAGGGGAUUGAAGAAUUACUGCCUCAGCCAAUUAUUAGGCCUCCUAUCUCAAAGGAGCAAAAUAAAUAA